AUGUUGCUCUACACAUGUGCUAGCCGUGACCAAUACAAUGUUCUACUUAUCUUGGACCAUCGCAUUCAUGUGUCGCUUGCCUUCUCCAGGGUCAGUGCCCUUCGCCUUCUCAGCUACGUCCUGACACGCACCAUGGACAGCAUCUGCAAGACGUGGGUACGAGUAAUGCGCCCGCUUUAUCCAUAG